GAGGAGGAGGAACACUGAACGAGAAGAAAGAAAGAAAGCAGGAUCAAUUUAAAGGGGAAGGCGCUAACGACGUGCUACCCUCUGGUGGUACAUUCUCCCACAUUGUUGACCCCCGUGGUAAAAGCAUAGAGGUAGUAAUCCUCCCUCCAUGGGUAAAAGACGAAGGUUUGGAGUUCCUGCCAACCAAACAGGUGCAGACAUGACGAGUGGGACUGUUGGGCAUCGCUCCGCGCCCCCACAUCUCCGCCCCACGAUGCAAGGUAACGUCGACGCUUCUCACCUGGCUGCCCAUACCUCACCUGUCCUCCAGUGUUGGCCUUACCUGUCCUGGCAGCGGAAGACGAUAAGAGUGGUGCUUGAGGGGCGCUGACCCCCUCACCCUCCCCCCUCCCCCCUCACCAUCACCCGAGGACACCCACGGACGCACCACCUGAAGGCUCGGCGAAGGAAAGGUCGGCGUAAUGGAGGGGGCGGCGAUGGGGGCAAUGGUGAAUGCCACGCCCUCCAGCAUCCUCAGCCUCACCCCCACCUCCAGCCUGCUGCUCUCCACCUUCCUGCCACCCACCGCCACGCACCAGCAGGACGGCGGCAACACCUCAACGCUCAGCACCAGCGUCGGCAACACGAGUAAUGUGCUGUACGGCGAGGUGGCGGAGGAGGAGGAGCACCAGCUGAUUCACGGGAUGGCCAUGACGGUGGUGAUGACGGUGAUCUACCUGCUCAUCACCGUGACGGGCGUGCUGGGGAACGUGGCCACCUGCAUCGUCAUCGUGAGGAACCGCAUCAUGCACACGGCCACCAACUACUACCUGUUCAGCCUGGCCAUGAGCGACCUGCUCCUGCUGGCCAUCGGCAUGCCGGACGAGAUCUACAUGCUGUGGCGCGGCAGGCCCUACAUCUUCGGCGCGCCCUUUUGCUUCAUCCGGGGCUUCACGGCAGAGAUAUCCACCAACGCGUCCAUACUCACCAUCGCCGCCUUCACCGUGGAGCGCUACAUCGGCAUCUGCCACCCGCUGCGCUCCCAGACCAUGUCCCAGUUGGGCCGCGUGCUGCGCUCCAUCGGCGUCAUCUGGGUGGUGGCCACAGCGUGCGCCGUGCCCAUCGCCAUUCAGUACGGCAUCGUGUACGAGAGCAUCCUGCCGUCGGGAGAGGUGGACCCCAGCUCGUCGGCGUGCCUCAUCAAGAACCCCAUCAAACUGGUGUUCGAGAUCUCGACGGUGCUGUUCUUUGUGGCGCCGCUGCUGCUCAUCACCGUGCUGUACCUGUGCAUCGCCGUGCAGCUCAAGCGCUCCACUCGCCUGGCCCGCACCGUGCCCUCCAUCACCAGCCCCAACAGCUCGUGCACCAACGACGGCUCCAGGAACAAGGCGGUCAUAAAGAUGCUCGUGGCCGUGGUGAUCGCCUUCUUCCUGUGCUUCGCGCCGCACCAGACACAGCGGCUGGUGGCUCUGCACGGAGACGCCUCCAAUCCAGCGGUGGUAAAGCUCUUCAACAUCCUCCACAACAUCUCUGGCAUCUCCUACUACAUCUCCACCUGCGUUAACCCCAUCCUCUACCACAUCAUGAGUAACCGCUUCAGAAAGGCCCUGAAGGUGACGCUGGGCAGCUGUUUCGAGGGCGAGAAGUCCGGCCUUGGAGGAGGAGGAGGUAGGUGCCGCAGUAGCUCCCGCUUCCACCCCUCGCACCCCUCCCACUCCCUUGAGCCACUUACAGACCACUCUCUCGUCUUCGACUCCACAACCACCUCUGUCGCCACCACAGCCUUCACCUCCUCCACCCCCUCCUCCGCUGUGGGUGUCUCUGACUCACCACAGAGGAGCGGCCGAAAGAACCUCCCUGACCCCCACCACCACCGCCGCCGCCUGCUGGAGACCCUCAUGGCCGUUGGGAAGGGAAGAAACGCCUUCAGGCCAAGACGAAGCCCCGCCAACGACCCGCCGAGUGCCCCAGGAGGGAAGGACGGCCCGGCUAGAUCCGCAAGCAUCCUUAAAUUCCAAGAGACCGACGGCGUGGACACUCCCGAGGAACUCUUUGUGCCGAGCUCCGUUGCGAUAGGCGAGGAAAGGAAAAAGAGCCAGUCCGGAAGCGUACUGAGUGGCGGCUCCAUCAGUGACUGCUCCAUGACUCACGUGGAGCAGGAGUACACGCAGAAGGAGCUGCAGGAGGUGAUGGGCAGGAUGAAGAACAUGAAGGUGUAGAGGGGGCUCGCUGACUGCUGCAGGGCGGGGAGUGAGGGGAGAGGCAUGGCUGGAAGACUUGAGAGGGUGAUAGGUAGAGGUGGUUGAUGGAGGAGAAAGGAGGAGGUGGUGGAAAUCGGACGGUGGAGAGGAGUGAGUUAGAGGGCGGGGGAGUGUGAGGCAAGGCAUGGCUGGUGGACUGGAGUGGAUGAUGGGUAGUGGUGAAGGGUGGAGGAAUAAGGAGGAGGAGGUGGUGGUUAUUGGACGGUGGAGAGAAGAGAAAUGAAGAGAAGUGAGUUAGAGGGCGGGGGAGUGUGAGGAGAGGCAUAGCUGGUGAACCGGAGUGGAUGAUGGGUAGUAGUGAAGGGUGGAGGAGUAAGGAGGAGGAGGUGGUGGUAAUUGGACGGUGGAGAGAAGAGAAAUGAAGAGAAGUGAGUUAGAGGGCGGGGGAGUGUGAGGAGAGGCAUGGCUGGUGAACCGGAGUGGAUGAUGGGUAGCAGUGAAGGGUGGAGGAGUAAGGAGAAGGUGGUGGCAAUCGGACGGUGGAUGUGAGGAAGAGUGGAGUGAGUGGAUAUAAGAAAGUAGUAGAGAGUUGAUACAAGAAUGAAAAAAUGGAGAUGGGGAAAAGACUUGAACAUAAUUACUGAGGGUUCUGUGUCCCUCUAGCGUACAUAUAGGAAUAGUCAAGGGGGUUUAGAGUUGAGAAGUGAGCGAGUCAAUAGUGGAAGCGUUAGAGCAUUGGAACGUGUAGAUGAGACCAGCAAAAUGUGAAGAAGGCAGGAAUGAAACUUAAGUCGGUAUCAGCGUUGGCAAAUUAUCGUACUCAUCGCAUUGCAUUUCCGUACUUUCCGACCGAUAACUAUAGCAAAAACAAACAAACAAACAUCACUAAAUAGGAGUUUUAACGCUAACUUCAAUUUUCUGUCGUUAUUUGUGUAGGUACGAGAAUUUGAGGCUUAAAAGUAAUAAAGACGAUGUGGUGAGUACGAUAAUAUGGCAACGGUGGGACUCGGUAUACUCAGACGCUUCCUCCUCCCACGUCAGCUAUUUCCAGGGAGUCGAAAAAGGAGAUUAAUCGGGUUCUCAAGGGUGGGCAUUUUAUUUCACGUUCAUGACACAGAAGCUUCGUCGAACUACCUCCACCAAGGGUCACGCCUCCUACGAAAGCCUUGUCAUAUGUGUGUGUUUGGGCCCUGAAGAGUUUAAGUAUAUAUGUCCCACCGUUGCUUAGUAUUUACCGGUUUCUGACGCCUUACUAUAGCCAAGAAACAUCAGGAAUUAACUAUUUUAACCAUAAUUAUAAGUGAAUCUCCUUAUUGGGGUCCACGAGACAGUUUUGGGGUCGGAAGUCGGUAAAUGUAAGAGGCUGAGUACGACUAUCUGGCAACGUUGACAUGGCCCUGAGUUAAACGUCGACUUCGGUAUGAUUAGAAUUGCGUUUUUUUAUUGCUUUAUUAGUUGGUGAUACGAGUUUUUUGCUGGAUGUGUUAAAAUGAUUGCACUCUCCGCUCGGGGAUAAACAUUUCUCACCGGGGACUUGGUUAUGAAUCCUCGGCAGCAAGCAAUCUCAUUUUCAAAUCGUCUCUUCAUAAUGAGUUUCUAUAAUGAACGCAAUGCUCCGGAUAUUCCUGAAUUCGCAAUCGAGUUAAUCUGAUGCAAAUAAAGACGUUUUAAUCAUAUUCGGCCAAAUUAAGCAGAGCAAUGAUAAAAUAGAUCCCUUCGUUAUUUCAUCCUCCCUCGGGUCUUAGUUUAUGUAGCACAUUAACACGCGAUAGUGACGAGCAGAUAAUUGGUCAAUCAGGUAUACGUUAGAGGGAUAUCAUUUCCUAACCUGUUUUUUUAUUUUUUAUUUUUAUUU